CGGGAGCCAUGGGAGGCUGAGGCUGGCGGACGUGGACUGCGGCCCAGUGACCUACCGGCCCCUCUGGCCUAGGGACACCGGGUGAACGCCGUGCCGGGGCUGCUGGGCAGCGGGCGAGCCUGGCUGCGGCCCUGGGCCGCGGGGACUGGUUUGUGAAAACCCUAGAUUUCCAAAAUGAAUAAAGAUGCCCAAAUGAGAGCAACCAUUAACCAAAAGCUGAUAGAAACGGGGGAGCGAGAACGCCUUAAAGAGUUGUUGAGAGCCAAAUUAAUUGAAUGUGGCUGGAAGGAUCAGUUGAAGGCCCACUGCAAAGAUGUCAUUAAAGAAAAAGGAUUAGAGCAUGUUACUGUUGAUGAUUUGGUAGCAGAAAUCACCCCCAAAGGCAGAGCCUUGGUACCAGACAGUGUGAAGAAAGAAUUAUUGCAAAGAAUAAGAACCUUCCUUGCCCAGCAUGCCAGUCUUUAACUUGGAUGUUCAUCUGGGAUACAGUGGUUCUGUAUUAUGUCCAUUGUGUCUCGAUGGAAUGUGGUUUCCAUACCUAAGGAUGGAAGAUCAUUGGGGUUUUUUUUGUAUGAUGAGUUGAAGUUUCUUUUCACUGCAUCAUUUUUUUAAACUUGGUGUUAUUUUAUUAAAAAAUAUUGUGAUCUUGUGGU